AUGCCUGCCCUCAGGCCUCUCGUGAAACCUAAAAUCGUCAAGAAGAGGACCAAGAAGUUCAUCCGGCAUCAGUCCGAUCGCUAUGUGAAGAUCAAGCGGAACUGGCGUAAGCCCAGGGGCAUCGACAACAGGGUGCGCCGGCGCUUCAAGGGCCAGAUCCUCAUGCCCAACAUCGGCUACGGCAGCAACAAGAAGACAAAGCACAUGCUGCCCACAGGCUUCAGGAAGUUCCUGGUCCACAACGUCAAGGAGCUGGAGGUGCUGAUGAUGAGCAACAAGUGAGUGUGUGGGGCCCGUAUCGCCCACAACGUGUCCUCCAAGAACAGGAAGGUCAUCGUGGAGAGAGCCGCCCAGCUCGCCAUCAAGAUCACCAACCCCAACGCCCGGCUGCGCAGCGAGGAGAACGAGUAG